AGAACUUGUUACCAAAAGCAGCCUGCAGGCAAAGCAAUGUCACUUUCCAUAAGAUGUGAACAAGGCACCCAGGACAACAGUUUGGAUGUAUGGCUAGGCCGAUUUGCAAUGAUUGGCUUUGCAGUGGCUAUUACUGUUGAGAUAACAACCGGCAAGGGACUUUUGGAGGAAAUGGAAGUGAAAGUGCAUCAGCUAUUAGUAUCUUGGAGUGGGAUGGAAAUGGAAUUGUGUUUGUGGGCUAUGGAGCAAAAGGGUAUCCCCAUAUCACUGAAAAGCAGUUGUCGAGGCGACUUGAGCAUUUUAAGGCGAGAGAUUGUCCCUACAUGUCAUCUCUGAAAGAAGCUGCAAGGAAAACACUACAAAAAUAAUUUAUCGAGCUGAACUUUAUGUUUUAAGAGUGACCUGUGUCUCUUUAACAGCUUUCCAAAUUAAUAGUUUUCUUGCUUUUCACAAGUUGAUUUUUGACAAUUUUUAUAUGUCGGUGGUAAUUUAGGCAAUUCUAGGUUGUGACAGUCGAGGGGAUGGACAUCUCCGUUAGAAACACCAAUUAAAUUACAAAGCUCUUGAUGCCUUCAUAAUUAUAUAUAUAUUUUGAAAUAUAUUGUUACGGAAUCUAUAUGCUUGGCAGAACAUAGCCAUUUUAAUCCUGACUCAUUUAAAUUUUGAGAUGUACAUGAUAUCAAAUUGACCAAAUGUGAUUUAUCUACUUUAUCAACAUCUUAUUGGAAAGUAUAUUUCAUAUAAACAUAAUAUUCAAACGUUUGCCUUAACCGAAAGCAUUACAAUGAUACUUGAAUUUAGUAUAUUUCAACAAAAUAAAAUAAAAUAUGGCACUAUCUUAAGAAAUAUUUUUCCAAAUAGUAGUAUUAUUUUAAGGACAAUAAAUGCAUAAGAGUUUAUUUAGCUCAAUGAUGAUACUGGGAAUAUUUGCUUCAACGCUUUUGGACAGGCUUGCAUGAAAAAAAAAAGAAGCUUAUGAUAAGCAGUGUGAAGAAAAAGAUUGUAUUAUUAAGAGUUAUGAUUAUUUGAAAUAGAUUGGAUUCCAGGAAAGAACAAUAACCUGGACCAUCUGGAAUCAAUUAACUCUUAUUGGGGCAUCAUUCUAAGUGCUUAUUGAGAAGGACCUAUUGUUUCAGCUUUGUUAGGCACAAAGACGUGUGUGUAGACUUUAUAAAAAGUCCAAUACACAUUACACACUACUGUUUAACUUCAAAGCGACCAAAAGAAUUUUGGCUAUCUAGUACAACAACAUUUUUUGUGAGGGUUCCCAUAUGAUGGCAAGUACUAAUGAAGUUGAACACUACAAUUUAAGUAUAUAAUUUGUGCCUCUCAUCUAAAAUCGAAUUUAUUCUUCUUUUACUUUCCACCCAACAAUGUCCCAUUUGGUGCUUGCUUUAAAUACAAGAGAUAUCCUUUUUCCUAUGUUUCUCCUUAAGUUUGUCUCUUACAUAAGUUCUCAUAUUGAUGAAACAAUCCAUUUUCUUUCUCUUCUAAUAUUUCUCUGUUGCUGAGGUUUUGUUUGAAAAUUUUAAUCCUAGUUGAUCUGUUUUUGUUGGUAAAGUGGCAUGGGUGCUAUCAUAUGUAGACUAGCGAAGAGGUUUCUUACAAAAUGUGAGAUGAGGAUUCUGAUGGUGGGUCUUGAUGCCUCUGGGAAGACCACCAUCUUGUACAAGCUCAAACUGGGAGAGAUUGUUACAUCCAUACCCACAAUUGGUUUUAAUGUGGAGACUGUAGAGUACAAGAAUAUUAGCUUCACUGUCUGGGAUGUAGGAGGACAAGAUAAGAUUCGACCUUUAUGGAGACAUUACUUUCAAAAUACUCAAGGACUAAUCUUUGUCGUGGACAGCAAUGAUAGAGAAAGAGUUGCAGAAGCCAGGAAUGAGCUACAUCGUAUUAUUGUUGAGUCUGAACUACGCAAUGCCGUGCUUCUUGUCUUUGCCAAUAAGCAAGACCUUCCAAAUUCUAUGAAUGCUUCUGAGGUUGCUGAUAAACUUGGCCUAUACUCACUCAAUCAGCGUCCCUGGUACGUCCAGAGUGCUUCUGCCACCUCUGGCCAAGGACUAUAUGAAGGUCUUGAUUGGUUAUCGAACAACAUUUCUAACAAAACUACAUGAUGUGAUCUCUUCCCCAAUGUGAUAAGUACUAAAGAGAGGAGUUUUUGUGAAAACCCAAUCUAAUUGGAGCAUUAGUGGAGAAUUCUCCUACGCCGGCCGGCAAACAUGUAUUUCAAAUUUAAAUUCUGAUAUCUCAAGCAGCAGUGGUACUUGGUAGUGAAACAACUCUUAUAUGCAAAUAUUAUAUGAUAAAUUAUAACCACUGGUUGGAUCAUUAUCCAA